UUUUUUUUUUUUUUAUUUUUCUUUUGUUCUCUUUUUAUAUCUAUAUAUAUAACAUCAUUAAAUCUCUUGAAUGGGUGUUCAGGGUCUAUGGACACUUUUAUCUCCUGCUGCAAGGCCUAUACAGUUGGAAUCUUUACGUGAUCGGAAACUUGCCAUUGAUGCUAGUAUAUGGAUUCACCAAUUUAUGCGAACCAUGCGAAGUGAAGAUGGUUCAGUUUUACGGAAUGGUCAUGUACUCGGAUUCUUUCGUCGAUUGUGCAAACUACUGUUUUACAAUAUUAAACCUGUAUUUGUUUUUGACGGUGGUGCCCCAACUUUGAAACGAUCAACUAUUAGAGAACGAAGACAAAGACGUCAAGGGAUUCAAGAAAACGUCAAACGUACAGCUGAAAAGAUUUUAAAUGCUCAAAUGAAGGCUCAUUUUUUAAUGGAAGAAGAAAAACGACGGAAAGCAAUAGCACAAAGCGGAAAUAGUACUACUAUCAACAACAAAGAUGAUGAUGAUGAUGAUGAUGAAAAUUAUGUUUACUUGGAACAAUUGGAUAAUACUGCAGCUUUAGAUACUUUACGACAUCAAAACACCAUCAAACAAGAUCAAUAUCAGCUUCCACCUUUGAUGACGACUGGAGAAUAUCAAAAAAAGGAUCCAAGAUUAGCCACCAAUCAAGAAUUAUUAGAUUUUAUUGAAGAAUUCAAACCAUCAGACAUCAACAUGGAUUCCAAUGUUUUCCAACAGUUACCUACUGAAAUCCAAUAUGAAAUCAUUCAAGAUCUAAAGCUAAAAUCUCGACAAACUUCUUGGGCAAGAUUAGAUAACAUGGUACGCCAAUCCAAAACACCGCUUGAUUUUUCAAAACAACAAAUCUUACAACUCAAACAUAGAAAUGAAAUGACCCAACGUGUACUGCAAAUGAAUGAUAUGGCCAGUAUGUCCAAUGAUACAGCAACUCCUUCUCGUAUUGCAAGUGAACGUGGAAAAGCAUAUGUUCUCCUAAAGAAUGAAAACUUGGAAGAAGGUUUAGGAUGGAAGCUUCCUGGGUUGGGCAACAAAACUUCAACAGCGACAGUAACAAAACAAGAAUCAAUACAAAAUAUGGAUGACGAUAUCGACAUGGAUCUCAAAGAUGAAAAAACAGUUGAAAAUGUACUUUCACCUUCUAGUUUGGAAAUGGAAGACGAUCCUGUGGCGAAAGCGGUAGCAAGCAAUCCUGCAUUAGCGGCAAUGAUGGGGAAUUUUGAAAAUGAAUUAAAAGAUGAGAAUGAAUACGCAACAAAUGACAAUGUUAUCGAGUCUACUCCUUAUGAUCAAUAUGAUGACAACGAUAUCUAUCAACAGAGUUUCGAUGAUUUGGAUGAUAGUGCACCGUUAUUCAUUAAUAAUGGACAAGAAGGCAAUAUAUCAGAAGAUGAUGAUCAGUUAUCCUCAGAUUAUUUGGAUGAUUUUGGACAAUACGGACAACAGGAUGAAGUGCAUUUGAACCAAAUUCUUUUGAAAAUGUACAAUGAAAACCAUGAACAACAAUUACGACAACAACGUACUGUAGAAUCAUUGACAGGAGUCAUCUCUGAGCACAAUGAUGAAUUGGAUAAUUCUCAUGAUGAUGUGUUUGAUACCAUGAUGGAAUUGGAUGCUGACAAUUUUUAUCAAUUAUGGCUUUCUCGUGUUCCUGAUGCUUUUAUUUAUAUGUAUUCAUUGAAUGACGAAUACAAGACUAUUCUCAAAAAUGUCAUCUCUGAUACUACCUCAAUAUCUGAUUUGGAACAACAAUUGAAAUCUGUGCAAAAGGCGUUUGGCAAAUCCAAUGAUAGUGACACUAUGGCUCAUGAAUCUCUGACAUUUCACGAAAACCUGUUACGACAUGCACUGAUAUGGAAAAGAAAAAAGACGGAAGAAGGAUCAACGAUAGCCACUACUCAGCAAGAAACAUCGACAGACUCAAUGAGCGACGUAAACAAUGGUUUAAUUGUGCUUGAUGAUGAUGAUGAUGACGAUGACGAUAUUCAACUGGUUGACAAUGCAGAUGACUGGAAACAACAUCAACAACAAUCACAACUGGAAUUACAACAUCAAAACAAAAAAGAAACGCAUGAAAACACCACCAUCCAUGUUUCCAGCCCUUCAUCGACACAUAUGGCACGCUUGACGGAGGACCCCAUGAAGAUCGAUCGUACUAUAUUGGCUUCCACGAUAUUGAACGAUACAGCACCACAUGAAUCGAAAUUACAACCACUUGAUGUGAAUCAGAAAGAUAGACAUGAUCACGAGGAAGAAGCAAUGGUAGUUGACAAUGUAGGUAAUCAUGUAGAUAAGCGACAUGAAAUGGAAGACUUGACGACUUUAGACAUAAUUCAACAUGAUGAUUAUCAGUCAACUAUGGCAGCAGACAAUCAACCAGAGGAAACAAAUCAGGAGGCGAUGAUGGAUAUUGGAUAUAACUCUGAUGAAGAGCUUACAGGCAACGUGGAAGAAGAAGAAGCGGAAUUUGCACGAUUUGUAUCGGACAUAGCAUCUCGGGAUAUUAGCAGCGUACGACAAGAACUAGCGGAUGAUGUACACCAACUUAACAAACAGCAAUCAAAGGCAAUGGGAAAUGCUGAUAGUGUGACGGAACAGAUGGUAAAAGAUAUUCAAGAACUUCUACAACUAUUUGGUGUACCAUAUAUAGUGUCUCCUAUGGAAGCGGAAGCUCAAUGUGCUUUCUUGUUGGAUCAUGAUCUUGUGGAUGGUGUAGUGACAGAUGAUUCGGAUGUCUUCCUCUUUGGUGGUAGUCGCGUUUACAAAAACAUGUUCCAUCAACAAAAAUAUGUGGAAUGCUACUUAUUACAAGACAUUGAUCGUGAAAUGAGGUUGGACCGACAAAAACUCAUUCAACUGGCUUAUUUUCUUGGAAGUGAUUAUACACCUGGACUUCCCGGAAUUGGACCUGUCGUUGCUAUGGAAAUUUUGGCCGCUUUUCAACAAGACAAGGAUCAGGAGGAUUCAUCAUUAGAAGGUCCUCUUAUUCGUUUCAAGGAGUGGUAUGAAAGUGGAUUGGAUGAAUCCGAUUUUCAAAGGAAGUUUAGAAAGAAGCACAAACAUUUAGAUAUACCUGCUGAUUUCCCAAAUCCUUUGAUCAAAGAAGCUUACUAUCAUCCCAUGGUUGAUACUUCCUUGGAACGAUUUAGUUGGUCACCUCCACAAUUGGAUUCUUUACGUCUUUAUUUGAUGAAAUCAUUUUCUUGGUCUGAAGAAAAGACGGAUCAAGUAUUGAUACCUGUGAUACGUGAAAUGAAUAAUCGAAAGGCUACUGGACAACAGACGACAAUCAGCAAUUAUUUUGAUGCUUCAGCAGGAUUAUCAUCAUCUUAUUCGGCACCGCGACAUCAACGAAAACAUAAAAGCAAACGUAUACAACAAGUAGUCAAUCAACUGAAGAAGAAGAAAGCCGAACGGAUGACUUCCGAGUUAGAUUCAAGUGAUUCUGACAAUGAUACCAAGGUGGUAAAGAAACCUAAACAGAAACGCACAGCAUAGAACAUAGUUUAUCAAUUUAUUUUUUUUUGUAUAUAUUUAAUAAAAAUUUUUAAUUUUCUUUUUUGCAUGAACAAAA